CUAUAUGAUGUGUGAGUUUUGUAGUUUUUUUUGUCUCAACUGUUACUUUUUUUCUAAAAUUAAGGUUGAACAUUUGGGGAAGGAACAUAUCAGUACCCUAAAAUGCAAAAAUGACACCUUUCUUGAAUAUGUUCUUAUCCAUAGUUUUUUGGCACUGGGUUUUGUCUGGUAAAACCAAAAAUGUAAGGUGGCGUUUUUUUUGCUGGAGAAGAAAAUCACAUCUGAUCUGGUUCAUCUCUAAACAACACCAGAUGAUCUUUUGUUCUUUUGUAAUCUUUGAUCUUUUGUUCUUUUUUGUGACUGCAAAGUUGACCUCUUUUUGAAACUUCGUUAGCUCCAUAGUCUUUGGUCCAUAUCAAUAGUUCCACAGUUUAAUGUCUUCUACGUACACACACCCUCACGAGACUCCGCUUUUGUGAGAUUAUACUAGGUUGUUGUUCUUCAUUUUGCUGCUGGGAAUUUGUGUGGAAUUAGCUGAUUACAGAACAUUGUCAACAAUCUUCUUAACCUUUGAUUGCCUUUCUUUCCUUUUUGUUUUUGUAUACUAAGGUGCCUUCAUGAAGGCAGUUCUUCCUCUGAAGCAGAAAAUCACAUCAUCUGGUUCCUCCCUAAAUAACAGUAGAAUUUGUUUCUGUCCAUAUGACCAAAAGACGUAAAACGUAACUCAAGCUUUUGUUCUUUUUGUGACUGCAUAGCCGCGGGUGUAUCAUAUAAUUCGCGUUCGGCUGCCGGGAUUGAACAGUGGCGCUCUUGGUUGUUCGAUCUUUGAGAUGAAGAAAGUCAAACAGUACCAACCUUUUUCUGAAAUCCCUUCUGUCAUCUUAUGGGAAAUUCUGGGCCGAGUUCCGAUUAAGACGUGUUUAGCUUGUAAGCUUGUUUGCAAAGAAUGGUAUCAUAUUGUUGUCAGCCCAGAAUUCCCUUCUUUCCGCCGCCACUGUAAUGCGUCCCGAUUCACCUUGUUGUUUACUAAUGCCUGGGUUGGUAGUGUGGGGAUUGUUUUCCACCUUGUUGAGCUUGAAAAGACCUUGAAUGCCGAUGAUUCGGGCAAUUUUAUUGGGGGUGUUGACAGUAUCAUUGAAGUUCACCCAAAAAUCGACACACCCAGCAAAUUUUUUUAUGUCAUGUGUGAGUACAAUGGAGUUGUUUGUUUGGAAAGUGGAGAGGAUGAAUACUUCGUAUGCAAUUUGCUCAGUGGCCAGUGUGUGAAUGUCCAGAAUCUGCAUGAAUUGAAGAAGCGUUCUCACACUAUAUUGGGUUGUGAAUUGGGGUGUUGCCCGGUGACAGGCCAAUUCAAGGUUCUCAUGUUUGUUUGGGACAUGACGAAUAACAUCCAUGUGGCAAAGAUACAGGAUUUGGGUGAUGUUGAAUGGAGGAGUGUGGGCAGUGCACCAUUGAGGAACCCGAAAGGUGGAUGUUUUCUAAAUGGAUCUAGUCAUUGGUGUGGUCGCGCCUACAUAUGGUCCUUUCAUUUUGGGAAGGAAAAGUUUUUACGAAUCCCGGUACAUGAUGACAUCAUUAGUGCAUCAUAUAAGAAGAGGAAUAAAGUAUUAUUUGUUUUAGACUCUUGCCUGUGUUUGGGAUGUGGCUCCCGCGGGAAUGGUGGACAUACCAUGGCCGUAUGGAUAAUGAAGGAGUAUGGUGUGAAAGAUUCUUGGGUAAUGCAAUUUGUCAUAGUCUCUAAUGAAUGGACUGUGCCUCAUUUGCGGAUGGACAAGGGAAAGAUACUUGUGCAGAGUGGACUAAAAUUAUAUUUAUAUGAUCUGCAAACCCAAGUUUCUACGAUAGUGAAAUUUGAGAUCAAUGGGCUUUCUAAUUGCUCGAUUCCGUUUGCGACAUUUGAUCCAAGUUUCUUUAGGUUUUAAAAAUUCAGCUUGAUCUUAUCUGCCUUGUCUUCAAGAAACAUAAACCUUGCAUUAGUGAUCGAUCAAAGUCAUCAAACACAUAAGUGACUAUGUGGUUAUUGUUUGCGGUGGAGUAUAACUGAAUUCCUUGGUUCUUGCCCUUAAUACAAAUGUGAUGCUAUCUUUCAACAUCACCCCCAACCCCCUCCACCCGUAAUUUGAGUCAAAUUGUUUUGUUAAUGGAUUAUUGUUGAGUUUGUAAUGUUUUGUUGCGAAGACUUUUACAUUAGGGGUAUGUUUCGUUGGAGGGGGGGUGUGGGGAGGAAAAUUUGGGCCCCCCAUUCAAGAAAUGUUUUGUAACAAA